GAGCGGCCCAGGGAGUAGUGAACCAACAAGAAAUCUCAAUCAUCAUGGAGGCCGAGCUACCACGAGACAAGGCUCCCGUGGAUACAGCAGGGGAAGUGCCCAUCCAAAACACGUAUACGUUUUGGUACAUGAAGAAGAACUCGGGCAAAGCGUUGGAGGACCAGGAAAGCUACGAGAAGAGCAUCAAGGAGAUCUCAGAGUUCCGCACGGUGCAAGGGUUCUGGCGUGUGUACAACCAUUUGAUCCGACCGAACGAUUUGCCUAACACAACGGACUAUCAUCUGUUCAAGGCUGGCAUCAAGCCUAUGUGGGAGGACACGGCCAACCGGCGUGGCGGCAAGUGGAUGAUUCGCAUUCGCAAAGGCAUUGCGUCGCGGUAUUGGGAAGACUUGGUGCUGGCGAUUGUGGGCGAGCAAUUCGACGUCGGCAAUGAGAUUUGUGGAGCCGUCAUGUCCAUUCGGUACAACGAAGACAUCAUUUCGCUGUGGAACCGCAACGCCGACAACAGCGAAGCGUGUUAUAGAAUACGCGAUACGAUGCGAAAGCUGCUGAACUUGCCGCAGUUCGUGUCGCUCGAGUACAAGCGCCACGACACGUCGUUGAACGACAACUCGAGCUUCCGGAACACGACUGUGUGGCGUAAUGGCGAGAAGGCGCGGCUCCAGGACGACGGGACGCCCAUGUCCCCGAGUGCCGCCAACGCUGGGCAGCCAGCGGCGAACCAGCAACAACAGCCGCCGCCGCCAUCGUCUUCCCGACAUCCGAAUGGUCCGUCUCAGCAACCGCAGCAGCAGUCGCGAGGCGACCGAUCGAGCGGAACCAACCGCUCCCACAACCGCCGCGAAGGAAACAACACCCGCGGCGGCAGUUCCGGGGCAUGGACGCGGGACACGACGAUCCGCGAAAAGAAGGAUCGCACCAGCAGCUUUUCACGCAACGAGUCGACUCCUGAUGAAGAAGGCUGGCAAUCGUAGAAAUGUACUAGAGACAGACACAUAACAAGACGACAGAGCGCUGAUCCAUGUU